GAUCAAGACCACCCCUUAAACACUUCAUACCAUUUUUGGUUUGAUAACACUCUGACACUUCAAACGUCAGUCACUGUUUUGUUUGGGGAUUUCAAUGUUUACGUUUUGUUCAAAUUCACUAUGGCAAAUUCUGACCCUAUCGCAUACAAUGAGAGAAUACAACAUUUUUUGCCCGAUAAGUCACGGGGUCGGUACGAGACUGAGUAUGCAAAAUUCAGGAAAUGGCAAGAAGCGCAAGACAUGAUUUCAUUCACAGAGGAAGUAUUGCUGAAGUAUUUCGGUGGACUGGCAAGAACAUUGGCACCAACAACACUAUACACCGUUUAUUCAAUGCUGAAGUCUAUGCUCAGUUCUAAGCAUAAUGUCAAUAUUGGCGAAUACUCUCAAUUACUUGCUUUGCUGAAAAAGUCGAAAGUUGAGUUCAUCAGUAAUGCGCCACCACGUCUCUUCACCGCAGACGAAGUAAAUAAAUUUUUGCAGGAAGCGCCGGAUUCGGAAUACGCAGCUGUUAAGGCUGUGACGGUGUUCGCGAUGUGUGUAUCAACGCGGUCUGAUACGCUGACGAACAUUAAAAUGGAACAGGUAACGGACAACGGAACAGAUAUUCUGGUACGAGUUCCAAAUGCAGCAACGAAACAAAUCAAAGUCUGUACAAUCCGUGGCAAAUUGGUCGAUUUUGUGCGGAAGUAUAUGCGCCUGCGACCGAUUGCACUUGCGACCCGCAGAUUCUUCAUUCAAUAUCGAGACAACAGAUGCAGCGCACAACACAUUGGUAAACAUGCGAUUGCGAAAAUGCCUCAAAAAAUUGCAGAGUUUCUGGGAUGGCCAGAAUCAGAAAUAAUGGGUGGACUCAGUUUUAGACGAAUAUCGGAUUCAAUCACGGCAAAUGCGAGAAUGAAGCAUAUAUCUCAGGAGAAAAGCGUAGGCUCGAUGUGUUGUGCAGCUUUCGAAGUUUCAAGCAUAAUAACGGGACGGAUAGAAGCUCCAGAAAAUAAUUACACGAAGAACGUAAAUCGAGAAAAUCUGCAUGUGGAUCCACUUGCAAGUGAUAGAAUAAAACAGGAAGAUGAACAGCACUUUGAAGCUGGAGAAUACAGUUUUAGCGACAUUGUCAUUAAAACUGAAAAUGAAUCUCCGGAUGAUAGUUCCAGUUCUAGAUCUGAAGAUCAUCGAUAUCACGACCAAAAUACCACAAUUACAACGGCACAACGGCUGUAUUCACACGAACUCCCAAAUAGUCUUCCAUCAGAAACACAUCCGAACAAACGACUGAAAUGUUCUGGUGAUAUUGACGAUGCCUCACAUUCCAUAACGUCCUGCCAAAAUGAUUCGUUUUGUCAACAAACGAUCAAGGCUCAAGCGGAGGAAAUUUCCAGAUUGAAACAACUGACUGACCGGCAAAAUUUAAAAAUUGAGAGUUUGGAAACACUGCUGCUGGACAACCUGCGCAAAAAGUUCGAGACUUCAUAAUAUUGCUUCAUUGCCUAUGGCCGUUACAAACUACUUCUCAACCUACGACCAUCAGCAGUCGCUGUAAACUGAUUUACUUGCGCUGAGUUCAAUCCCAUGUAUAUAAUAAUACAAAAGUCAUCUGAACAAAUGAUUUCACUUCGUUUUGUUAGAAUUAAA